AUGCUAAAAUUGCUUGUCUUAAUCAUCUCAAUUUGCAACAUUCUCACGUCAGCUUUGCAAGUUGAUGUGCGCAGAGAAUACGACAAACAGUGGUACGAGCACGCGACUUUUUAUCAGGUGUACCCUCGAUCAUUCAAAGACACCAAUGGGGAUGGUGUGGGCGAUUUGCCGGGGAUAACGUCGAAAUUGGAAUACCUGAGAAAUUUGGGAAUCAAUGCCAUCUGGCUCAGUCCGUGCUUUCAGUCACCAAUGGUGGACAAUGGGUACGAUGUUUCGGACUUUCGAGCUAUUCACGAUGAAUUUGGCACAAUGGCCGAUUAUGAGGAAAUGAUAAGUGUGGCAAAUGAUUUGGGGAUUAAAAUUAUGUUGGAUUUUGUGCCAAAUCACUCAAGUGACAAACACGAGUGGUUUGAGAGAUCUGUGAGACGUGAGGAGCCCUACACGGACUUCUAUGUGUGGCACGAUGGCAGGCAGGAUGCCCAGGGUGAACGCAUUCCACCCAAUAAUUGGAUUUCAGUCUUCGAUGGGCCAGCAUGGACGUGGAAUGAGGAACGGGGGCAGUACUAUUUGCAUCAAUUCUACCCCCAACAGCCGGAUUUGAACUAUCGCAAUCCGAGGGUGUUGGAGGAAAUGAAGAAUGUGUUGAUUUUCUGGCUCGAACGUGGUGCAGCUGGCUUCCGUUUGGAUGCCAUCAAUCACAUGUUUGAGAAUCCCAGUUUAGAGGAUGAACCUGUCUCUGGGUGGGGUGACCCCGGGACAUACCCAUACCUCGAUCACAUUCACACAAAGGACCUCCUCGAAACGUACAGCGUGGUCGAGGAAUUCCGCAGAGUUGUGGAUAAUUUUGCCCAAGAGCAUGGUACAGAUGCAAAAAUUCUAAUGACCGAAGCUUAUGCAAAUAUUUCCUUUACAAUGAUGUACUAUGAGUCGGCUGAGGGGGUUCAGCGUGCCCAUAUGCCAUUCAAUUUCGGGCUAAUCAACGACGUGCACUGGGACACAACAGUGCGGAGGAUUAAGGAGAAAAUUGACGAAUGGCUCGAUAACAUGCCCCCUGCGGGGACAUCAAAUUGGGUGGCGGGAAGUCACGAUCAUUCGCGCGUAGGGAGUCGUUUGGGGCCCGAGAGGGUUGGUCUUAUGAACACCCUGGUGCUCACACUCCCCGGCACGAGUAUCACGUACUACGGCGAAGAGAUUGGGAUGAUUGACUUCCGUGAUUUUGACUUUUGGGAUGGGCGUGACCCCAAUAGGACACCAAUGCAGUGGGAUGACACCGUUUUCGCCGGGUUCACUAAUGGCACCAAAACCUGGCUCCCCGUCCAUCCGGGCUACGUGACGAGAAAUGUGUGGCAGCAGGAUUUGGGUGAACAACGUACCCAUCUCAAGCACUACAGGCAGCUUUCGGCACUCCGGAAGGAGGACACAUUCAUUCAUGGAGACUUCCUCGUCAAAAUUCUCGGCGAGAGGGUAUUCGGUUACAUUAGAUCCCUCCCCGGACAUCCUACCUACUGCAUGGUCUUCAAUUACCAUAAUCAAAUUGAAGAUGUUGACUUGUCUGUCUUUGCAGCACUUCCAGACACGGUGGAAGUUGUCGUGUCAACGCUCGAUUCCAAUUAUUUGCCUGGAAAUAAUGUUAACAUUAGAAACAUCUCAAUGAGACCGUAUGACGCAUUGGUGCUAAAAGCUUCAGGUGGGAAACUCCUAUCACCGGCGAUAAGUCUGCUUUUGUUCGUGCUUUCGAAAUUAUUGAUUUGGCGAUAAUCUUCAAAGACCCUGUACAAAUACCUAUAUAUGUAUGUAUUUUUAUCAGGCGCGCUUUGCGUGGAGGAGAACAAUAAAAAAUUAUC